UCUACCUAGCGGUGCUGUUCUAGCCUUACGGUGCUAUGAAUUGUAUGUAUAUAUUCUCUAUUUAAGGCAUUGAAUGACCAUAUGGAUGUAACUCGGAACAAAUAGAAGAUUGCAAACUACUUGUUUUUGUAAAAGCAGGAUAAAAAAAAUGAGCAACAUCCUUCAUGCGGCAUCAAAAGUGAAAUGGAAUCAGAGCACUGCGGCGAAAAGAGCGGUGUUCCUGGCGGCCGCCGUAUACGGGGCGAAAACGCUUUACCCCAUCAUCUGCAAACAAAUAAAUCAACGCAAAACAACCAGGAACAGCACAUCUGCACCAGGACACGAGAAUGGAUUGAUUCCUAUUCAUAAAGCUACACCAGAGACCGUGGCUGGUCUUAGUAAAUCACCCGGUGUCAAUGCGGAAUUCUUCAAGCAGGUUCUUGAUCUGGUUAAAAUCGUAUUCCCGAGGUUUGUAACCAAAGAACUGGGUUUACUAUGUUUACAUUCAGUAGCUCUCGUUUCACGGACGUUUCUGUCUAUUUACGUGGCAGGUUUGGAUGGUAAAAUAGUGAAAACGAUCGUAGAGAAGGAGCCGCGGAGCUUCAUGAUCAAACUGAUGAAAUGGCUUCUGAUCGCCAUCCCUGCCACAUUCGUCAACAGCGCGAUCCGUUAUCUGGAGUGCAAGCUCGCGCUCGCGUUUCGCACGCGCUUGGUAGAUCAUGCAUAUAAAACAUAUUUCACCAAUCAAACCUAUUAUAAGGUCAGUAACAUGGACGGGAGGCUGGCGAACCCGGACCAGUCUUUGACCGAGGAUGUGAUGAUGUUCUCGCAGUCUAUUGCGCAUUUGUAUUCAAAUCUCACCAAACCCAUUCUGGACGUGAUACUGACUUCAUAUACGUUGAUACAGACCGCGCGAUCUCGGGGUGCGAACGCAACCGGACCGACUCUGUUAGCGGGUCUGGUGGUGUUCGUCACGGCCAAGAUUCUGCGCGCCUGCUCGCCAAAGUUUGGUAAACUGGUGGCGGAAGAGGCGCACAGGAAGGGAUACCUAAGAUAUGUGCACUCCAGAAUCAUAGCCAAUGCAGAGGAGAUCGCCUUCUAUAGGGGACACACGGUGGAGAUGAGGCAGCUGCAGAAGUGUUACAGUGCCCUGGCGGAGCAGAUGAACCUCAUCCUAUCGAAACGUCUGUGGUACAUCAUGAUCGAGCAGUUCCUCAUGAAGUACGUCUGGAGUGGAUGUGGUCUGGUUAUGGUCGCAGUGCCCAUCAUCACUGCAACUGGCUUUGCUGACAACGAGCUGGCGGAUGGUCAGACGCAAGUGUUGGUGAGUGAAAGAACAGAGGCCUUCACAACAGCACGCAAUCUACUGGCCUCAGGGGCCGAUGCCAUUGAAAGGAUCAUGUCUUCUUAUAAAGAGGUCACCGAGUUAGCAGGCUACACGGCACGUGUGCAUAACAUGUUUUCGGUAUUUGAUGAAGUCCAGAGGGGAAUAUACAAACGUUCAUCUGCCACCUCGGAGAUAAUAAGCGGGAACCGACCUGAGAUGCACAUCGACGGGCCUCUGGAAAUCAAAGGCAAAGUGAUUGAUGUGGAUAAAGGUAUAGUCUGUGAAAAUGUGCCUAUAAUCACUCCUAAUGGAGAUGUGGUCGUGUCCUGCUUGAACUUCAAGGUAGAGGAAGGGAUGCAUUUGCUGAUCACGGGGCCAAACGGAUGUGGGAAGAGUUCUUUGUUCCGGAUCCUCAGUGGCCUGUGGCCCGUGUACGGCGGACUACUGCAUAAACCCUCUCCUGAGCACAUGUUCUACAUCCCACAGAGACCAUACAUGUCCGUCGGGACAUUACUAGACCAGGUCAUCUACCCCGACUCUCUGGAUGACAUGCAUGAAAAGGGUUACAGCGACAAGGACCUGGAAGUCAUUCUGGACAUCGUCAAUUUAAACCACAUAGUUACCCGCGAAGGAGGAUGGGAUGCAGAGAUGGACUGGAAAGAUGUUCUUUCUGGAGGCGAGAAGCAGCGAAUGGGAAUGGCACGCAUGUUUUACCACAAGCCUAAGUAUGCUCUACUGGAUGAAUGCACCAGUGCUGUCAGCAUUGAUGUAGAGGGUAAAAUAUUUCAGGCUGCAAAGGAUGCUGGUAUCUCCUUGCUGUCCAUCACUCACAGACCCUCUCUAUGGAAAUACCACACACACGUCCUGCAGUUUGACGGGGAGGGCGGCUGGCGGUUCGAACAGUUAGACACAGCCACACGGCUCUCGCUGACGGAGGAAAAACAGCGCUUGGAGUCUCAGCUCGCAGGCAUUCCUAAGAUGCAGCUCAGACUGAACGAACUGUGUAAGGUCUUGGGCGAAGAUUCGGUCCUAAAGACGGCGGAAAACAAGAACGAGGAGUAAAAGAAACGUGGAGAUGCUGGACGUUCAGGAAAACUCCUGGUUUUUUAACAUUUUUUGCAAUGAUACAUGUGUAGACAUGACAAUUCGAUACUGAAAUGGAAGUUUAAUAGGAAUUGUAGAAACUAUUCCCUUUAUUAUUUAGUUUUGUUUUGCUUUUUUGUUUUACUUUGUUCUUUUUAGUUUUGUUUUAC